AUGAGUGAAGAAGUUGCUAAAUCGGAGGUGUGUUGUCCAUGCCGUGAGAUUGAGGAGAAACUGCGCCAAUUGGAAGUUGCGGUGCAAGAGCUUGAAGAGAUUAGCCUCAACAAAGAAUGUUUGAGGGAGGACAUCUUCAAGAAGAUCGAAUCUAUGCAACAAGAUUUGAUCCAAUGUUUCAUUGAUGCAAAUUGUCGCAUGGAUGCAAUGAAGGAUUCUGCGAGUGUUGGUAAGUUAAAGCUUGAAAUUCUGACUUUCUACGGCGGGAUUUGUGAAGGGGUGGAGUCUCGGGUUGUCUCUAUUGAGAAUUUGUUUGAAUUGCUAGAAGUGACUAAGGAUAGUGUUAAGAUCUCUAUUACUGUCCAAGGUGCAAUAUACAAUAGGUUUUGGAAUAGUGAGAUUGCUUAUGAAAGCCAAGCUGAAUUGUAUGAACUUGUUCAAGGGGACAUGGAUGUUGAGUCUUAUAUUACUAAGUUUGAGGAGUUGUGCUUGAACGGUAAUAGUGUAAGUCUUGAUUCGAGGAUGAAUCCAUUUCAAGAAGAGAAGGAUGAUGAGAAUCAUAUGGCUUCACAUCAAAGUCAACAUCAAAUGAAGGAGCAAAAGGUGUUCUUGUCAGUUGGUGGACCGAGAUUGUUUCCUUUUAAGAAUAGAAGAAAGUUUGCUGUGAGAAGUUGGCCUUCUUUGAAGGAAUUUUCACCAACACCUUCUAGUGGGAAUAUUGAGCCAUCUCCACCCCCCUCAAUUCAGUCUAAACCAUCAGUAUACAAGGGAGAACCCGUGUUCCCUUUAACCAAAGAAGAGGAUGAAACCCUCGCAGCCCCAUUUAAGCUUUCCUUGGUUGGAAAAUUUUCGAAAAGGAGGCCAAAAAUGGACUUCCUAUGGCAUCAAUUUCAAAAGAUUGGAUUCAAGGGAAGCUAUUCGUUGGGUAUGAUAGAUCAUAGACAUAUUCAUAUUCUUUUUGAUCUAGAAGAAGAUUACCAUCUAUGUUGGAUCAAGGGACUAUGGUCUUUCGACCACCACAUCAUGCGUGUUUUAAAGUGGACUCCCCAAUUCAAUACAGAACAUGAAUCAUCCAUAGUUCCGGUAUGGAUUGCUUUUGAAGGUCUGCCACUUCAUCGAUUCAAUGCGGAAUACCUGAGUAAAUUGGCAAGCAUUGUUGGUACGCCGCUCAAAAUAGAUGUGCCGACACUGAAUUUAUCGCGUCCGUCGAUUGCUCGAGUUUGCAUCGAGGUUAAUCUGCUCCACGAAUUGCCGCAACGAGUACUGGUGGGGACAGAGGAGUACUCUUAUUAUCAAGAUAUCACUGACAAAAAUUUACCGGAAUAUUGCUCGGAAUGCAAAAAAGUGGGACAUGGAAUCAAGGAUUGCCGUCGCGGGAAGCCCAAGGUUCAACCGAUUCCGGCACCGAAAGCUCCUAUGAAGGUGCCAGAAAAGAUGAAAGCGCAGCAUUUAGUUCCUCAAACCAACUGGAAACCAAAGACCCAAGCUAAUGAUAAAAGGGAUACUCAGGUUAAAUCGUCCUCUGAUGCGUCUUCAUCAGGAUUGUCAACGAAGGAGAAAGGUGAAACCCUAAUUGAUAUUUCAGAAAAAAGCCCCUUUAUUCCUUCAUCUGGGAAAUGGCGCAUCUCGAAAGAACAACUGGAAACUAUUCUUGAAAACAGCAAGGAAGGAGACAAAGUUGAUGCAUGGGAUGAUCAGGAACAACAACAUAAAAUUGAUCCGACGAACAACAUUUGUAAACAGCUCGCUGUUUACAUUCCACAGGUGGACUUGUCAUCACGCAUUGACGUUUUGGAUGAUUUGAAGGAGGAUAAUGGUGAAGCGGAAGGACAUAUGGGAAGGUUCAAUUCUGAGGAUAAUAUGGAUGAUGAGCGUGCCAAAGAGACGGUAACAUCGGUGGUAGAAUCUGACUCGGAUUUGGAUGAGGUUGCGGAGGAAAUAUGA